GAAGUAAUAAUUUCAAUACAAAAAUGACUGCUACCACUCUGGAUCAACUAUGGAAAUACACAGGACUCAAGCAUAUUGAUCUAAACCUUCCAAUGACCUCCAUGCUGUAGACCAUGAGCGACGAGAACGUCAACUGCACCGAAGAACCAUACGGUAAUUUUACCACCAUCUUCGGAACAACAGACGUCCCAGAAUGGGAAGCUAUCUCCACUGUAGCCACCCUAAGCUUUUUGAUAUUAUUAACAGUUAUCGGAAAUGUUCUUGUGAUACUCAGCGUUUUCACCUACAAACCCUUAAGGAUUGUUCAGAAUUUUUUUAUCAUUUCGUUGGCUGUUGCUGACCUUACCGUAGCUAUUAUUGUUCUUCCGUUCAACGUAGCUUAUGCUGUGACAGGAAGAUGGAUAUUUGGUAUCUACAUCUGCAAAAUGUGGCUUACGUCCGACAUCCUCUGCUGUACUGCCUCCAUCCUAAAUCUGUGCGCUAUCGCCCUCGACCGAUUCUGGGCCAUCACCGACCCAAUAAACUACGCCCAGAAACGAACUGUUAAACGUGUGUUAGUUAUGAUAGCGUUAGUCUGGACGCUCUCUCUAAUAAUAAGUGUCCCACCUCUAAUCGGCUGGAACGACUGGCCGUCACCAGAGAUAUUCGCCGAAGAACAAGUCUGCGUGCUCACCAGGCGCCAGGGCUAUGUAAUAUACUCAUCCUCCGGGUCUUUCUUCAUACCUCUACUCAUCAUGACAAUAGUGUACAUUGAAAUAUUUAUAGCCACGAAACGAAGAUUACGGGAGAGAGCUAAAGCUGCUAAAAUCAACAUAUCGAAGACCGUAGGACGAAGCGACGAGAACAGAGACAGAGAAAGCGUAAGCAGUGAAACAAACCAUAACGAACAUCCAAACGAACAAACUAAAUCAAACGACAAAUUACUAAAGAAAAAAUCCAAAGACAGUAGCAAGAACAAUCUAAAACCAGUACUCGUGCAUGAAGAUUCGUUGACUGAUGUCGGAGAAAAUUCAUCAGCUUCAAAUAGAAAGAACUCAAAUAUUAAUACAGAAAAACCUGUUGCCAACAGCUCUUCGACUACCAUCACCAUAUCCAGCUCCAAGCCCAGUCCUAAGGUAGUACUAAUGGACGGAGCUAAGAAGCCUGGAUUCGUUUCACAGUUCAUCGAAGAAAAGCAGAAGAUUUCUUUGUCCAAAGAGCGGCGAGCAGCUAGAACGUUAGGUAUUAUAAUGGGUGUCUUUGUGGUAUGCUGGGUACCAUUCUUCUUAAUGUAUGUGAUUAUACCAUUUUGUCCAGUGUGUUGCCCUUCGAGGAGGUUUGUAAAUUUUAUUACGUGGUUAGGGUAUAUAAAUUCUGUUCUAAAUCCUAUUAUUUACACGAUAUUUAAUAUGGACUUUAGACGAGCGUUUAGGAAAUUACUGGGACUUGGUGGGGGGAAAAUUUAAUGUUAAGAUAAUUUGUGAUUACUGUAGCCAAAGAGGGUAUCGGUUUGUUUUGUUACGUUUGAUGAUAGGUUUUAUCGAGAUGUUUUUGCUAUAAAUUUUAUAUAGUUAUUGACCAUAAGGGAGAUGUAAAUAAUAAACAGAUUUUAUACGUAAAA